AUGGGGGCUCCAGGUCACGAGGUUGGGUGCUUCGGGCUCUCCGGGAGCUCUUGUCAUGUGACGCACCAAGGGCUGUUGCAGUACCAGAGCAAGGAUGACAAGUGGAAAGAGCGCUGGUUUAUCCUGAACGGAGUCAAAGCCGCGCUGAUCAAGUGCAACUCGACCAACCACCAACCAUCAGGCUCGUACGGCAGCGUGCUCGGUGGAGACGUGCUCAUCGCAGAUGCGCGGCCCCUUUCAGAGGCUCAGAGUGGUGUAGGAAGCGAUGAAGAGGGAAGCAAUUCAAUGACCGGGUUUGAAGUAACCACUCACGGAGGAGCCAAAAUCGCGUUUCGGACCAAGUCGUUAGCAGAUCAAAGCUCGUGGUUGGCUGCAAUCAACAAGACGUCAAGCGGAUUCACCUCUGGAGUUGCAGAUCGGCUGGCCGAUCGCGAGUUGCUGGCGGGCAAGUACUCGUUAGUUCGAGAGCUCGGACGAGGUGCAUCGGGCAUUGUCUCCCUCUACACGUGGCAAGGCAAGCCAUUCGCGAUCAAGAAGUUCGUCCCUCAAAAGGCCAAGGGCAUCCCCAAUCGCCGAGCGAUUCCCGUGGCUACAGGACGGCGACCAUCAGUGCAAAUUAGUCAGCCAAACGCAAUACCCGACGACGUCCGACGAGAAGUGGCCCUGUUGAAGAAGGCCAGCAAUCUUCCCUACGUCAUUCGCCUGCACGACGUGAUCCUCGACAACGAGAACCGCGAAUAUUACCUGGUGAUGGAGUACAUGGGUGGAGGCGCCAUUGCCGAGUGGGACGGCUCGCGGCACUGCUACGUCAGUUCACGAGCCAAGAGUGCCGCUAGCGGCAGGGCUUGCUUGCUGGAAGAAUGCACUGUCCGUACGUACGUGACGAACCUCGUGCUCGCUAUCCAGGGCCUUCACUUGAACAACCUGGCACACCGCGAUAUCAAACCCGAGAACUUGAUGGCCAACGAGGAGCGCACGCUGUGUAAACUGGGUGAUCUUGGAGUUGCGCACUACUUUAAGGAGGAAAACGGCGAGCUCCGCGACGAAGAAGACAUCGAGGCUAUUGAGCUCUGGGAUAUCAAUCAAGGCUCCACUGCACCUUCCUCUUCUACGAUGAACAGCGCGGACGAAAGUAAGCGCCACCUCCGAGGCAUGAUCAAGUCCACGAAAGGAACGUACCAGUUUCUCGCCCCCGAGUCGCUCAGUGGAGAUGCCUACUGCGCCUUUAAGGCCGAUAUUUGGGCGAUCGGCGUGACAAUGUACGCGCUGUUGUUCGGGUCGCUCCCGUACUACUCGAGCGACGUGAGUGAUCUCUUUGAUAAGAUUGAGAACGACCCGCUGGAGUUCCCUGCGUCUUGCGAAGAUAACGACGCCAAGGACUUGCUCAAGGCGAUCCUGGAGAAGGACUCGGAGAAGCGCAUCUCGUUAGAAGGCAUCCUGCAGCACCGCUGGACGCACCGCAACAUCGACUCGAAGAGUCUGCGCAAGCAAGUGAACGCGCUCAAGCAGGCGCCGACGCUUUCGAUCGAGGAUCACGAGCUGGGGAGUGCGGUGUCGGUGCACCAGAGCAGGUUCCUCAAGAUGGCAGCCGCGAUCCGCCAUAACACGCUGGGCGACUUGGUGAAAGAAGGCGAUGCAGACACCCCGUUGCCCCACGUUGAAGAGGAAUACCGCCCCAAUCCUGUCGACACGAAGACGACCGAGCUCCCUCAGUGGUUCCAGCCGCACCGAGAGCUCGUUGCAGCUCAGAUGCACUAUGACUGGUGUCAUGGCAAGUCGUUGGCUGGCUGGAAGUACGGCGACGUUCGAGACGAUGCACGCUUGCUUCACCCUUGUAUGCUGCCGAUGCGCGCGCUCGAUGACACCGCCCGAAGUCGCAACUUCUGCUCCGUGGACGAGAUCAUCAAGUGCGUUGUAGCGCUUGGAGUUCACGUGAAGUACAAGCGCCCAGCGAAGCAGAAAGCACGCGAGGUUCCCUUCCCGAUGGACCACAUCCGCCUGUCAUGGGACCUCAUGAUGCUCAUCGAUCUGCUCGCUGAAAACUCGCACGAGGUCUGGGCAACUGAAUACGCGGCCAAGGGCUGGCGCUUUGGUCCGGAGUUCGACGAGGCUGCGAAGACGCAUCCGUCUCUCAAGCCAUACAUGCUCCUGGACGAGAGCGACAAAGUCCUGACGCGUGAAGGCGUGACGUCGGUGCUCAAGUCGUGCAUUUAUCUCGGCUGCAAGUUCUCCAUCUCUCACCACGGACGCAAAAGCGUCGAGGUUUAA